UUUUUUUUUUUUCUUUAAGAAAAAGCAUUUGAAAAAUCAAUAUGUACACAUAAUACAUAUGCAUACGUAUUUUCUCUUGCGUGUUUUACUUACAAAUCAAUUACGAAAUAGUAACAUGCCUUGCAAAGCCUUUUCAUUAUUGUUAUAUGAAUUCGGUGUAGUUUUCAAUUUCAGAAGAAUUUCAAUUCGAUGCCAAAUUUAAAUAAAAAAAAAAAAAAAAAAAAAUCUGUAUCCUGACAUCAAUGUGCCCUAUACACUAUGUCUACCCACGUACCCUAUAUAUAUAUAUACGCUCCCACAAACUGAAAGUUACCAAUACACAGUCACCUAGAUUAUAUAGUAUAAAUAUAUAUAGGCACAAGCAUAUAUUAGACACCCUAAACUAGCGAGCAUUAGGUGCGAUAUUCGAAAGCUUGGUUUUUCUCUUUUUUUUUUUUUUUAAAUAUUUCCUCAAUUCAUGUUCUGCUUUCACAGCUGUCGUUAACAGUUAUAAGUUUAAAUAGCUUUUGGGUAUUGCGCAUCCCUUUAACUUAAAACUUAUUCUAUUUAUGCUUAAAUUUUAUGAUUCGAUUUACAUUCAUUUUGCACUCUCAUUACAUACGUUUGCUUUUGUUUUCAUCAUAUUUGUCGCUACAUUUUUUCCAAUUUGUUUUCUCCUUUUUAGGUCAGUCAAUAUUAUGCAUGAUAUUAUCUCGGCUUUGAUAUUGUUAUUUAAUUUAGAUUGCAAAAAAAGAAAACCCAAGCGAAAUUAAUAAUAAUAAUAAUAAUAAUAAGGGAAAGUGAGAGAAUCGUGCAAAGCGAAAACGAAAAUCAAUUUUCUCGCAGCUUAUUGCAGGCUUUAAAAUGGUUGUUUUGUGUAUGGGAAUGUACAUAGGUACCUAGGUACGUAUCUAUGAAUGUGUAUAAGUGUCUGUAUUUUAAGUGAAAAUAAUUAAAAUUAAAGCAGAUAUUAAAUAAAUAAAGUAAUCCAUAAAAAGUGUAAUUAUCGAAUAAAAAAAGAAUACAAUAUGGCAACGUCAUCGUCUUCAACGCCAUCCUCAAGCCGUAUGGGCAGUGCUUCGCCGUCAGUCUCAGUUAUAUGCGAAGAGGUUUUCGAUGAAACCUGUCAGCCAUCCGAAGAAGAAAUCAAUGAUUACGCUAUCCUGCUUGGCAUUGAUCCUGUUAAGGAAACGCAUUUGCUUUAUUUAGCCAAAGAAGGUUUAAUGCAGGCAUUGCCCGCGGAGUGGAAAAUAUGUUAUUCAGAAGAAAAAUGUGGUCAUUACUAUUACAAUACGCGAACGAAAAAAUCGCAAUGGGAUCACCCACUCGAUGACGUUUAUCAUAAUUUAGUGGAUCAGGCGCGACGAAAGCAUGCUUUAUCUAUCAAUAAUGCGACUGUCAUUACCAGCACUACUACUACUAUGACUACAACUAAUGUCACUCCAAUCAGCACAACUACCACAUCUACGCCUGUAAUUGAUAAUUCCGAUGAUGCCUCCCAACUCGAUUCCGGUAUACGAAGUCUUCAAGGAACGGAUGAAUGUGAUAACACAAACAAUACAACAAAUGAAAUGUCUUCACCAAGCACAAACAAUAUGAAUAACGGAGCUGUGCCGAAACAAGUGACUACAUCAACAAAUACUAACAGUUCGUCAGGCUCAUCGACUAGUACCAGUGGUUUUAGUGGUGGCGUUAGCCGUUUUCUAGAAUCAAGAACGAAGAACUUUGGUUCAGUUUUCAUGCCGCUUAAAAAUACUAGAUUUGAAGUGGCGAAAACUAACGCACAAAUUGGUUUAAGUAUGCGAUUUUCGGGAACAGGUGCCGUUGAAAAUUUUGCGCCAAAAUUUUCGAUACCUAGCAAAUUGGAAACCGAAGAAGGGGGAAGUGCAAGUGCAAGUGCAAGUGCGGUAAAUAGUACAGAAAAGAAAGGCUUCACACUUUCGGGUACUGGCGCUAUGUUUCUCAAAUCACGUAAACAAAUGGAAGCAGGCUUAAAUCAGGCUACUGCCAUAAUGACAAAUCCAAACAACGUAACAAAUGUCAUAGUCGAGGGUGCAGCCGGUACACCACCGGGAGUGAAGAGCAUAUUGCGCGAUUCUAGCCUGACUGAUAUGCGAAGACGCAUGGAAAGGGAAGAUAAUGACAGCGCUAAUAAUGGCGAGGAUAAAAAAAGUGUGCGGUUUAAUUUGGACGAAACCAAGAUGCGCGGUUCUCCCGAAGAAGAUCCGAGCAGUUCAAGAAGAUUAACUCAAAGCCCAGAAGUUUCGGUGAAUUCGGAUGAUGACGCCGAAGACGACGAUCCUUGGGAUGAUGAUGACGACGAGGAACUUAAUGACUGUGUGGGCAUUGGCAGUUUACCAGCGGACGGUAUAGGCUUCCAGAGGAGUCUUAAUCCAUUUUUAAUUAAUGAUAACGAUAAGCAGCAUGUCAAAGAAGUAAAGGUGAUACCGGUAACGAAGAUUCAAACCAUACAGAUGCUUAAAGCUCAAAGCUUUUCGAUGGAAUUACCGGAACGAGAAAGAUGCAAAUUUAAUGAUAUAGCGCGUUCUCAAAGCGUGGAAAUAACGCAAGUGGCACCUACCCUUAAUGGCCCUGUUAACUACUUGGAUAAAAUAAAAGAUAGUGCGGUAGUAAAAUCGCUGUAUGAGGACACCGAUUCCGAUUCAAAAGGCAGUUCUGUGCGUAGUUUCAUUAUUAAUAAAUCCGAACAAGACUCUUUGCGUUCAGCGGGACCUUCUAAUAAUCCCUUCGAUUUGGAAGAAUUAGGUCGCAAGCAUAGCCGCGAUGUAGAGCAAUUGGAAAUGAAAAUUCAAUCUAAUAAUACGGACAAAGUGGGUCAGCGCAGCUUUAAAGCAACUUCGAAAUUGAUAGGUUUGCUGAAGAAAGAGGAACCAAAACCUUGCGAGCCGGUUAAUAAUCAUCCAGUGGAACAAACCCCCUGCGAACCAGAGAAAGAAAGUUCAAUAUUAGAAGAACGUUUACAGGAAGAUCAUCAGGUAUGGCUGAAAGAAGAACGUGAACGUUUAGAAGAAUCAUUGCAAUCUGAAAUUGAAGAUAUUAAACGUGAACAUGAGCAAAAAUUGAAAAGUAUACGGCACGAGUACGAUUUACGUUUAACAUCGCAUCAACAUCAGAUGGAUGAAACCUUCGAAUUGCAAUUAGAGGAAUACCGCGGUCAACAGGAAGAGGAGUUAGAUAUUAAGCGUAAAGCGGUUGUAGACGAACAUAAGUCUCAUAUGGCUACUCUCCAGAAAAAUCAUACGGAAAUAUUGGCCGAUUUAGAACGAGAUCUGAAAAGUGAAGAAGAGAUAUUAAAGAAAGAACAUACUAACAAAUUGUUAGAGAUGCGCGAUAAACUUAAUCAUGAAUUAGAGAUGGAGCGUCAGCGUAUGCGUGAGAACGGUGAGGAUCGUUUAUAUGAAAAGGUGCGUUGUGAAAAACGGCUACUAGAGGACAAGUAUCGUUGCCUUAAAGAAAAAUAUAUACGACUUAAGACCGAUGUAAAAUUGUCCUUAGAGCGACGUAAUCGUAGACGUGAGGCCCAAGCUUUACAACAAAGUUUACAUACUACCACCACGACAGGAUCGGAAACGGAACGUUCACUUUCAAAUAAACCGUCAAUAGGUAAUAGUGAGAAUCGCUCUUUCUCCUAUUCUACGUCCUGUCAGAAUAGUGUGGGCGCUUCAACAGGUACAGGAGGAAGAUGCAGUAAGCCUCCCGUGCCACCAAAGGCACAUCUUCAACAUCCUGCUAAGGAUCAACUGCAACACGGUGAACGUUCAGGCGAACGUAAUACAACUCAAACUAAUCGAAAACUUGGCAUAGCCUCCAAGUAUAUUAAGCACUUGCAAGCUCAAGAUGAUACCACUUCAAUGAGUCAGUCGGAUACAACAAUAUCGAAUAACUACUCAAGAGGACGUUAUCUGCCGGCACCUGCGACCAUACUUAGCGACAAUGGUAAUUCGGAUUCGGAGGCGUUUCAAAGUAAUCAAGAGAAUAACAAUAACGCUCGUAGCAGCAAUAUCGGUGGUGGCACGCUUCAGCGAAAGAAACAGUUUUCACGUUUAAAGUCCGCGUCAACGUCACGCCUAAAUUCAGAUAACUACAAAAUCGAUCGUCCUUGCACACCCGUAGAAAACUUGAGACACCAGUUGCAAAAAUUAGAGGACUUAGAGGAUCAAUUCCCUGAAAAUACUUUAGAUACCACGUAUCAUUUGCGGUAUCCUUUCUCGGAUAUCUCAAACAACGAUCACGCUGGCGGCACUAGUUCCGAACUGGAGUUCUUUAAGCAUCGCAUACAUUUGGAACGAGAUUCAGUCCGUCGAGCUAAAGAAUCUUUACGUACACAGCGCACCAAUUUCCGAGCACGACAGCGGGAAAUUAAACAACGUCACAAAUCAAUGAUAACACGUCACAGUUUAGAUCAACUUAUUCAGGAAGAGAAAGAGUUAACUGAAAUGGAAGUAAAUUUACAUCGUACUCGUGCGCUAUUGGGUGAAAAGGUUAUACGUUUAAGGCAUUUGGAGCAAAGUCUGCUACGUAUUUAUGAGAAGGAAAAACCCAUAAUGGAUUCGCUGGGCGUAGAGCAAAAAGAGGAUGCUACCCUAAGCGAUCUUUCAUCGCACUCGAGCUCCGGUUUUAGUAGCACAGACUUUGCUAGUGGCGCCGAUACACAAAAUCUUAAUAAGCGUAAAGAUUUAUAUCAACUAGAGUCAAAUGAAUGCAUCAAAAAUCUGGAGAUACUUAAUGCCGAAAUUAAAGAAAUCUUAGAUAUAUUGGGUAAAGGAGGACACACUGGAGGUUUACAAGUACCAUUGAUAUCGCCUUCUGAGCUAAGCUGGUCUCAUAUGCUAAACCAUGGCAAUUUACCGUCACCUAAUGGAGGGCAUAGCAAUCACAAUUUACAGCAACAGCAGUUGAAUGUAGUGAAUGGCGUAGCCGGAAGUGUGGCUGUUAGUCAACCUAUACACUCAAUACCUACUUUGGCUGAUCGUUUAGAAACUUAUCGUCAAUUGGCCUCAGGGCGUAUGCAAAAUUCGUUGCUGGCUGCCAAUACGAUCGUUUCGCAAAGUCCUCGUGCUGUGAAUUAUACAACUAGCUUGGUAGAACGUACACGGGAUUUACGAAAUUGGUUACGUCAAGCCAAAAACGAACAUGAAUUAUUAAGUGGUAUGACAGCAACCUUGGGUUUAAGUGGCGUUCAUGCUAACAGUGCUAUGGCUGCGAGUAGUACUUUAACAGCCAAUGCUAGCGGUGGUAGCGGUACGCAAGCGAAUCUCUAAUAUGAAGACUCCCCAAAAAGACAAGUAUUCUGUUGCUGGCAUAAACAGGUAGCAAUGUCUUAAACCGAAGGCCGAAAAAAUUAAAAAAAAAA